CUCUCUCUAGAAACCUUUGCAUCUCUCUCUUCGUUCUUCAACCAUGUCUUCCACUUCUCUUCGCAUAUUGACCACAAAAAUCCCAAAUUCUCUUCACUCCACCAAAACCUUAGCCUCCUCCUUAAAACCCAUGAAUCUUUCCUUCUUUAUCUUCUCAAAACCUGUUUCUUUCCAAAAAAUUCCUACAAAGACUCAACCUGUACUUGCUUCUUCAUCAUCAAGUUCUAUGUCUUUGCAACCCAUUGAAGAACUACCUCCAAAGCUUCAAGAAAUCAUCAAGCUCUUUCAGUCAGUUCAAGAACCGAAAGCUAAGUAUGAGCAGUUGCUUUUUUAUGGCAAGAAUUUGAAACCACUUGAUAGUGAGUUUAAAACUAGGGAGAAUAAGGUUGAAGGCUGUGUUUCUCAAGUUUGGGUUAGGGCUUAUUUGGAUUUGGAGAAGAAUGCUGUGUUUGAAGCUGAUUCUGAUUCGGUUUUAACUAAGGGUCUUGCUGCUUUGCUUGUUCAAGGGCUUUCGGGCCGGCCAGUUAAGGAAGUUUUGAGGGUUUCUCCUAAUUUUGUUGUUCUUCUUGGGUUGCAGCAGAGUUUGACACCGUCUAGGAAUAAUGGUUUUUUGAAUAUGUUGAAGUUGAUGCAGAAGAAAGCACUUGAAUUGUAUUUAGAGGCUGAAAAGGGAAGCGGGGUUGUUGAAAGUUCGAAGCUUGGUGGUGGUAAUGGUGAUAAUGAGGGAAAGGUUGAAGAUUUGGGAUCAAAUGGUGAUGUUGGUGUUGAAACUUCUGGUGACAAUUUUGUUAAGGGCUUGAGUUUUGAUGGGAAAACUGAUGGUGGUGAGACUUUGGGAUUGGAGGGAAGUGAAAAGGGGUCGAAUUCAGAGGGAUUAGGGAGUAGGGGAUUAAGGAUCAGGGAGAAAUUAGAGAAGGAGCUAAGUCCUGUUGAAUUGGAGGUGGAUGAUAUUUCAUAUCAGCAUGCUGGGCAUGCUGGUGUGAGAGGGAGUGAUGGAGAGACGCAUUUUAAUGUGAAAGUUGUGUCAAAGGAGUUUGGAGGGAAGAGCUUGGUGAAGAGGCAUAGGCUGAUUUAUAAUUUGUUGCAAGAGGAGUUGGAGAGUGGAUUACAUGCAUUGUCUAUUGUAGCGAAGACGCCGGAUGAAGUUGGUGAGAGGUGAAGAGGGGAUGCAAAUAGAGGUUCAUUUUUCUUCUUUCAUUUGAUUCUACAGCUGAGUUCUAAAUAUUGUCUCUAGCUUUCAGUUGUUAAAGACAAUGUGAUUGGUCAGAAAGUUUAAAUUGUACUGAUAAUGAUCUUUGAAAUGAUUGAAUCAGUUGCAUAUUUUUGAAA